UAAACACCCAUUCGCUGGUUGAGAGCGCGAAACAUUUCGGAUUGCUUGCUUUCAAGUAUACACAUAUAACACAUAAUGGCGUCCCAUUUGGCCAACAUUUUUGGAACAGAACAGGAUCGAGUCAAUUGUUCGUUUUACUACAAAAUUGGUGCCUGCCGUCAUGGUGAUCGGUGUUCACGAAAGCACAUCAAACCCCCGUUCUCGCAAACAAUUUUGCUCCCGAACGUCUACCACAAUCCUGCACACGACCCGGUCUGCAAACUCACUGAAAAAGAGCUUCAAGAAGGAUUUGACGCAGUCUAUGAAGAUCUCUACUGUGAACUGACAAAGUUUGGGCACCUGCUGGAGUUGCAUGUUUGCGAUAACGUCGGUGAUCAUCUUAUUGGCAAUGUAUACGCGCGUUACGAGUGGGAAACGGAAGCACAGGCGGCUGUUGAUAAUCUCAACGAACGCUGGUAUGCAGGACGCCCUCUCUAUGCUGAGCUGUCUCCCGUCACCGACUUUAGGGAGGCUUGCUGCCGACAGAACGAAAACGGUGAAUGCAACCGUGGAGGGUUCUGCAACUUCAUGCACUUGCGACUCGCGUCGAAGGAGCUGGUUUCGUCACUCCGGCAUGGACAACGUUUGGAGCGGCGAGUCAACCCACCCAAGACCACUGGCGGAAGUGGUGGAUGGGAGCCGACAAAACGUGAUACUGGUCGGGGCCGGAGUGCUAGUCCGCCUUCGAGAAAGGGAGGCAACAAUGGGGAGGAUCGUUGGACCAGGAAGGCACGCUGA